AUGCACAAAAGGGGAUUUCAGAGAAGCUAUUAUGACUCUUGCCUAUACUACAAGGGUAGUGAUAUUAAAGAGGCAAUCUACUUACUUUUGUAUGUAGAUGAUAUGCUUAUAAUAAGCAAAGAAAGAGCCAAGAUAGAACUCAUGAAGAGUUGGUUAAAAUCUGAGUUUGAAAUGAAAGACCUUGGAUUUGCUUCUAAGAUCCUUGGGAUAAAUAUUAAAAGGAAUAGAAGCAAAGGUCUACUGGUUUUAGAUCAGGAGGAUUACAUCAAGAAAAUCAUAGAGAAGUUCUCUAUGGGAGAUUCAAAGAUCACUAAACAACCUAUGACAAACCAGUACAUCCUAAGUAAAGACCAAUGUCCUAAAACUCAAGCAGAGAAGGAAGAAAUGAGUGAGGUGCCUUAUUCAAAUGCUGUAGGGUCUAUUAUGUAUCUAAUGGUAUGUACAAGACCUGACUUAGCCUACUCAAUCAGUGUAUUGAGUAAAUACAUGUCAAAUCUAGGGAGAGAACAUUGGAAAGCUAUGAAAUGGGUAUUCAAAUAUCUAAUUGGUACUAAAAGGGUUGGUUUAAAGUUCAAAAGACAAAACAGCAACAACACCAUUGAAGGCUACAGUGAUGCUGAUUUUGUAGGGGACAGAGAUAGUAGAAAAUCAACUUCAGCUUACUAUUUUCUAGUAGAAGGAAAAUGUGUAAGCUGGAGAGUUCAACUACAACCUGUAGUGGCCUUAUCCACUACUGAAGCUGAAUAUGUAGCAGCUACAGAGGCAAUAAAGGAAGCUAUUUGA